UUCCUGAACGCAUCCUUAAACCAUAGACCUUAAGUAUUAUAUACUCUAUGUUCUUCUCUUUUUAUAACGCGUUGUGUCAAUAUGUAGUGGAGCUUAAUUAAAGCCUAAUUAAUUAAUUUAUGGUUUUAUUUCCAAAUAUAACAAUUGGCGACGAGAUUCAGAACCUGCAGUUUAAAGUGUGAUAAUAAUCAGUGCACAAAAAUUAGCAAUAACAAGGUAAAACGCAAAUAAAAGUGAAGCAUCAAAAGUGACGGUGUGAAGUUGGUAACAAUCGUAAAAGCGCCAACGAAUACAAUAAAAAAAAAAAAAACUCAGACUCAGAAUACGAACUAAGUUUGGAAAGUUACAGUCUACAUGAACGCAGCAUCUGAGUUAAUUAAAACAGGCAAGAGAUCAUACAUCUAUCUCUGUUCAAAGACAGAAUUACUCGAAAUUUUAACGGACGAAGGCAUAGAUUGCAACAAAAAUGCUAGUAUCGACACACUUAGAAAGCAGUUAAGUGAACACUAUAAAAAUAAACCGAAAAUAACAACAAAAAAUAAGCAACACAGAAUGUCGAUGUUUGGCGAAAUCAAGCCGUUUGACGGCGAUAAAUGGGAGGUGUUUGUACAACAGUUGGAAUGUUUCACAUUAGUUAAUGAUAUCUCUGAUGACAAGAAGGUGCCUUUGCUGAUAACCAAACUAACACCAAAGGUAUUUGAAACAUUAAGUUGCUUAUGUGCACCGAAUAAACCCACAAAACUAAGUUAUGAAGAAUUGUGUACAAAGUUAAAAGAAAAAUAUACAAAACCAGUCUCAACAGUAUUGGAAAGGGCUGAGUUUAGACGAAGGAAACAACUACCACGUGAAAGUAUAGAAGACUAUGCAUUGGAACUUAGAAAAAUGGCAAAUCGUUGUAAUUUUAAAGAUAUUGAUGACCAGUUAAAAGAAAAAUUUAUGGAUGGAGUAACCUCAAAAGUAAUUAAGUUCGAGCUAAUGAAGGGCUCUGCAGAUUUAACUUUAGAAGCCUGCAUACAACUGGCUCGCACAGUGGAAGCCGCUCUUCUCCACACAGGUGAUGCUCCUGAAACCACUGAGGUUUUUUUUACUCAAGAACAACGUAAACCCAAUAUGAGAAUGAAAAUUAAAAAAAAUAACAAUGCUAAUACAGAAAUGCAUUGUUUCUGUUGUGGAAAAAACAAUCACAUUAAGUCACAAUGUACAUUAGCCAUGAAAUUCUGCUCAGAAUGUGGUCAACAAGGGCACAUAUAUAGAAUGUGCCAAAGAAGAAAACGUGAGGCUCAUGUCCUGGAGGCACAAACACCGGAGGAAGUAAAGGAGGAACCAGUAGAAAAUAUAAGACACUUAUACGAUGAAACUUAUGCUGUUCACAGUAUGCACGGAGAAAUGUAAAAGAACAAUUCGCAGAGGUGUUUAGUCCAGGUUGGGGUAAUUUUAAAGAUGAAGUGAUAACACUGAAACUAAAACCGGGCACCCAACCAAAGUGUUUGCCCGUACGCCGAGUACCAUAUGCUCUAAGAGAUAAGGUAAAGCAUGAAAUUAAUAGGUUACUGGAAAAUGGUAGAAUCAGUCCGGUUGAACACUGUGAAUGGGGAACACCGGUGGUGCCCAUUUUAAAACCAGAUGGUGCAGUAAGACUAUGUGGAGACUAUAAGCUAACUGUCAACACUGGAUUAGAGAUUGACCAUUUUCCACUACCACAUAUUGAUGAUAUUUUAAAUACAUUAAAAGAUGGGCAAUACUACUGCGAAUUGGACUUAAAAGAGGCUUAUUUACAAGCUCCUCUAAGUGAGGAAAGUAAAAAUUGUACAACUAUUGUAACAGAGGCUGGUACUUAUAGAUAUAAUUUCUUACCUUAUGGUGUCAGCUCGGGUCCUGGAUCAUUUCAAAGAUUGAUGUCUAAAAAAUUAACAGAUAUUCCCAACACUAUUGUAUUUAUUGAUAAUAUAUAUAUAAAAGGGAGCAGCUUACAGGACACAUGGGACACCUUAUGUAAAGUCCUAACAAAAUUAAAUGAAUGUGAAUUCAAACUGAAACCUGAAAAGUGUAAAUUGUUUGUGACCAGUCUUGAUGUAUUUGGAUUCAGGGUAGAUAAACAUGGUGUCAAUAUUAUAAAAUCAAACAUUGAACCGCUGAUAAAUGCUAAAGCACCUACAAAUUUAACUCUACUCAAAUCCUUUUUGGGGAAAUUAAAUUAUUACUCUCGAUUUCUGAAAGAUAUGGCUACCAUCAUCACCCCAUUGUAUGAAUGUACCAAAAAAGAUAAGUUUAAUUGGACACCAGAAUGCGAGAGUGCAUUUAAACUUAUUAAGGAAAAACUAGCUUCUGCAAAUAAUUUAAAACAUUAUGAUCCGCAGCUGCCUUUAAUUCUAACUUGUGAUGCUUCUGACACAGGGUUAGCUGCGGUGUUAUCGAAUAGAGACCAUAAUGGUAUGGUUCAGCCUAUUGCUUAUGCAAGUAAAAAACUAAAUGAUGUAGAAAAGAAAUAUGCAACAAUUGAUAAAGAAGCAAUGGCAGUCAUUUUUGGAAUAACUAAGUUCUAUAACUUUAUUUAUGGAAGGGAGUUUGAAUUGGAAACAGAUAAUGCAGCUUUAGUGAGGAUUUUUGGCCCAACAAAGAGCAUUCCAAAAAUGGCUGCUAAAAGGUUGCAACAUUACGCAAUAUUUUUAUCAGCAUUUAACUAUAAAGUGAGACAUAUCAAAACAUCUUUGAACCCGGCAGAUUUUUUGUCUAGAACUGCUGUCGAUGUAGAGGAAGAAAAUAUAAAUGUAAUACAUUCUCUUUGUGCAAGUACUAAUUUAAGUAAUAUUUGUCAUGUGAAUGAUUCAGAAAUGGAAUCCUUAAACUGGAAAAUAAUACAGAAGGAAACAAAAAAGGAUCAAAUAUUAUCUAAAAUAAUAAGAUAUAUGGUUGACGGUUGGCCUGACAAAACCAAUUUACCAAAAGAACUGUUACCAUAUUUUAACAGGCAUAUUGAGUUAUCAGUUGAUAGGGGUUGUGUAUUUUGGGGCUAUCGGUUGUUAAUUCCAUCAGUUCUGCGUAGUUCCGUAUUAACUGAAUUACACAGGAGCCAUUUUGGAAUCAUUCGCAUGAAGGAAAUUGCUAGAUCUUAUUUUUGGUGGCCUAACUUGGAUACUGAGAUAGAUGAAAUAUCAAAAAAUUGUAUUGUAUGUUUGCAAAAUAGUAAAUCUCCUUCUAAAAUACAGAAACCAUGGCCUAUACCCCCUUCUCCGUGGUAUAGAAUUCACGCUGACUUUUUAGGGCCAUUUAAUAACAAAAUGUUUUUAGUGGUGGUUGACAGUUACUCAAAAUGGCCAGAAGUUUUUGAAAUGUCAAACAUUACCUCAGGUCGUACUAUUGAAGCAUUUAAGCAUAUUUUUGCAAGAUAUGGAUUUCCGGUACACUUAGUUACAGAUAACGGUAGAUCCUUUACCAGCUCUGAAUUUCAGGACUUUAUAAAAAUGGCUCAGAUUAAGCACACAUUUUCAGCUCCUUACCAUCCAGCCACAAAUGGUGCUGCUGAGAGAUUUGUGGAAACAUUCAAAUCAGCUAUAACUAAAAUCAAAGAAGGUGGUAACAGCUUGGCUUAUGCUAUAAACCUGUUUCUUUCGGAUUAUAGAAGCACACCUCAGCGAACUACUGGUGUUUCGCCAGCUCGCUUAAUGCUGGGGAGGGAACUCCGGAACCGUUUCAGUUUACUGCGUCCACCACCACUAACUGAAGAUAUAUACAAUAAAGUUCAAAGUAGAGAGCAAGGAAAUAGAGAAACUAAAUUUGAGGUCGGCCAAAAAGUUAUGGUCAAAGAUUAUAGAAGGGAUAGUAAGCCAUGGGUUCAGGGCCUCAUUAUUGAGGAAUCGAUUCCUAAUGUAACAUACAUAGUAGAUGUAGAAGGGAUGAGAUGGAAGAGACAUGUCAAUCAAAUGGUUACUUGCUCUGAUCUUUUAGACCUAGGUUAGCUAUACUUAGUGCGGAAACCAAAACUGUCGGUUAGUUAUUAAGUUAGUAGUUAUAAGAUAGAUAGGCAAACAUUAUUUUUCAUUAUAAAAAACAUGUUAUAUAGUUAUUUUAAGAGUUUAUUGUUCUGUUUUAAGUCGGGGAGAAUGUGAGAUUCCUGAACGCAUCCUUAAACCAUAGACCUUAAGUAUUAUAUACUCUAUGUUCUUCUCUUUUUAUAACGCGUUGUGUCAAUAUGUAGUGGAGCUUAAUUAAAGCCUAAUUAAUUAA